UUAACAAAAGUGGUGAAAUGUAAAAAAAAAAUGUGAAUUCUAUAUUUAAAUCGGAAAAUUUCAGUUUGCGAGCAGAACCCGACCAAUAAGGUCAUAAAAAGCUUCUGCUACAACAGCAGUGGCCCCUAAUCAUUAGCAAACAAAGAAAUGAAAUAAAUAACUGUCAGUGUUAACUGUUUGUUGCGUGAGUGGUGCUAACAUAACAAAACAGCCGUUAGGUUUGAGUGGCGCGUAAUUGUUGUAGGCGCAAUAUUGUGUAAAAUCAAUUACUAGUUAUCUCAGAUAUGAACGUUUUGGUGUAAAAGAAAAAAAUAAUAAAUCAAUGGAAACAUCGGCAUAAUACCGCUGAGCAGUGCUAAAAGUAUAUUUACUUUAUUAUUUGGGUAAGGAAGCAUAAGCACCAGAAGCAUAAGCAACAAAAGCAAUAAAUACCCCAAUCUUACCUAAUUAUAACAUGUGCGGCAAAGUUUGCAUAAUAAAAUUGUCCACCUAAACAUUUAGGUGGUGGCAGCCAAAAGUCUUUGAUUGGGUGAAUGAAAAUUAUUAGUGAAUGAAACCGUGCAAAGAGAUGGUAAGUGCUUACUAAGUACGCAUAUAUGUGCAUACAUAAAUACAUAUGUACAUACGUACAUACGUACAUACGUACACAUGCAGGAUGCCCAUUUAUCUAAGAAUGUUGUGAACUUGAAAGUGCACCAUUGACCUGUCUGAACUUGAACCUGACUGAAUGUGAACGUGAAAACGAUGCUGCUACGAGUGCGAUUGCAUUGCCGAAAGAUUGUCGUCACAAAUUCGACAAUGCACAAAAUUGAUUCGGAUGUGUGUGUGCAUGUGUAAAUGUGAUUUGCUGCCUUUCGAAUAUUCAACAUUUAUACUAAAAUUACAAACGAAAAAAAACUUCAUGCCAAAUUUAAAACAUUUCAACACCAGCAGUCGCGGCGAAACGAAUUGCAUCCGUGACUUCAUGUGCAUUCGCCAAAUAGUAACACCAACACUCGCUACUAUGAGUAAAUGUCACUUACAAACUAUUGUAAUGCAUAUAUACAAAUUCGAUUGACUGGCGGCAGUGUAGAUGCAUUGAAAUAUUAAAAAUCGUUCACUAAAACAAAAUAUUAGAAAUAGUAUUGGCAUUAGUUUGUGGUUGUGUGAAUGCAGUGAAGUGAUAAGAAAUAUGUAAAAAUAAAAAUAUCUACAAUUAAAUAAAAUAAUUUGUGCAAAGUAUUUUUGUUCGAACAACGCAGAUACUUCUUCUGCAUACAAUACCAGUUAUUUCUGCAGCAAAUUAAUUCGAAUACUUCUACCACAAACUGGAAGCAGCUGAAGCAGUACUCAGCUAUAAAUAUCAAUGAAUAAUGGAAAAAUCAGCAACAUAUGACACAAACAGCCAUGUCUACCGUGAGACGACAUUACCCAAUAUCAACGUCAAGGCAAAUCAUAUAUCCGAUGAUAGCAAUGAACCGGCAAAGACAACGUCAGAGCCGAAGCCAAAGAAAGUGCGUCGCGACAAAAGUGAUUUGGGUGAGAAUUUCAAAGCGCCAGAUGGCGGCUGGGCUUGGUUGGUGUGCAUCGCAGCGGGUUGUUCGAACCUAUCGAUCUAUCCAUGCAUGCAGCAAUUUGGUUUUAUAUUCCGCGAGCGUUUGGCCAUUUUGGGUAUGAGCAGUUCCCAAAUCACAACAAUCAUCAACACCAAUCCUGCGGUGUCUUCAUGUACAGGUCUCUUAAAUGGACCCAUGUUUCGACGCUUCACAUUCCGUCAAGUCGCCUUGGCGGGUUCACUUUUCAUAUUCGUCGGCCUUAUGCUGACAGCCUUCUGUGAGUCCUUUAUAAGUUACAUGAUAACUUAUGCGAUUCUUUUUGGUUUCGGUGUUGGCAUCAGCGUUUCCGCCUCUUCGCUGGCGAUAAAUACUUACUUCAAGAACAAACGUCGUCGCGCCGCUGGCUUUUCGUGGACACUUACUGGUCUAGGCCCGAUAUUCUUGCCCCACGUGGUCACACUUUUCGUAUCUUAUUACGGCGUGCAGGGCACUGUGAUCAUAUUUGCCGCCCUCUCACUACACUCAAUGGUGUGUGCACUCAUCUAUCAACCGGUACGCUAUCAUGCACCACCACCGGAUGCGACUGAAACGGCAGCAGAUUCCGGUAUUGGUGCCGGCGAACCUGAGUACCUUUGCGAAUAUUGCCAAAUGCAAUGCAAACGUAACGGCAUAUUUUCGAGCCAAUAUUUGUAUCAAGACGAUGAUGAAGCUAUGCCUGGGUAUGAAAUAAUUGAGCCAGGUACACCGAUGUUGUCGCGCGCUAAUGAUGGUUGGUUCGGUUCGAAGUUGUCGUUGGCCUCUACGCACAGAGCUGGUACGCCACGCUUUCGUCCCGUGUCCAGUUCUAAAGAUAUUCACGCCACAAGUCGUCUAAAUCGUGUGAAAUCUGUUGAAGAACUGAAGACGGCCGAGGUUUACAAACCGAACAACUUCAAACGAGAACGCGACGAAGUCUUGCUCAAAAGUUCGGGUAGUAAUGCUAAUUUUCGUGCGCAACAUUUUGGUGGAAUGCAUGGUAUGGCGGCUCAAUUGCAUUGUACUUGUGCGGAGGAGCGUAUGCUUCUCGAAAAGGCACAGCUUCGAUCAGGUCUUGUAGGCCAAAAGUUAGAAGCGACGGCGGAGGAAGAUGGAGAUGCUUCUGUAUCCGUGAAGAGUUUCACAUUUUUGCAAAAGGUGGUUGCGUUUUUCGAUCUGGAUUUGUUGACUGACUUUACGUUUGUCAAUCUGGUAAUCGGCUUGACGAUAAUCAAUUUCGGCGAACUGAAUUUUUCCAUAUUAACACCUUUCAUAUUGAACGACUUCGGGUUUACAACGUCGCAAAUCACAUCAGCCAUGUCCGUUCUCGCUGGAUUGGAUAUUAUUGUGCGAUUUAUUGUGCCAUUUGUGACGGAAAAAAUACCGUGGGAUAAUCGUGUGUUCUUCCUAACAGGCGUUGUUGGGAUCGCUCUCGGUCGAACAGUUGUAGCCUGUACACGCUCCUACACAGUUAUACUUUGUACCUUUGUCUGGAUCGGCAUGUGCAAAGGUGUGCGCACUAUUUUUUGGCCACUUAUAAUACCCGGUUGUGUGCCACUGAAACGCUUACCCGCCGCCUCUGGUUUGCAAUUACUCAUUUCCGGAUUAUUCAGCUUUGCUUGCGGACCCUUAGUAGGUCUCAUACGCGAUCGCUUCGACUAUUCGAUCACCGUGCAUUUUCUCAACAUGAUGACGUUUAUUGCUGCCAUUUCGUGGACGUUAGAGGCGCUAGUGCGCCGUUAUCGCCGUCGCCGUCGCGAUCGUCAGCGAUCUUGCUCUACGUGACUGUUCGCUAUUUGCGGAGCCUAACAUUUACUUAGGUGCCAUCAGAUGGCGCUAGUGCACCAAAGACACAAACCGGACGUGUGGCUUGUCUUGGCGAUGUGUGUUGAUAUCGAUAACAUUUAGAUUUACAUAUAUGUAUACCUAAAUAUAGAUACAUACAUACAUAUUCUUUAAGGAAAUAACAGACAUUUCAAAAAACAUAGGUAGGUUUCCUCGUAAUUUGGUGAUUCCAAAAGUUUAACUUUAAUAUAUGUACAUACGUAUGUGUGUACAUAUUUACGUGAUUUGUGUGAUUAUACCUUGAAUGUAAGUAUAUGAAAUAUUGUUUAGAUGUCUAAUUAGAAGACAUAUACAUUAUCAAAUAUUCGUUUGAGCUUAACAAAAUUUUUGGAAUUUUGAAUUUUGCCAAAGACUCAUAGUCAAGAAUUGGCGUAUAGUUAAUUUAAAAUUCCUUGAACCAUUUUCGUUAUAUGUGCUUAUAUACAUAUGUAUGCUUUUCAUCUUAAAAUAAUGCAGUCAGUUGUACGCCUGCUAUAUGUUAAUGUGGGAAAGCGCAUAUACAAGGGGUGCCUGUUAAGUUCUAUUGGGUGAAAAAGUAAUUAAUGAAUGAAAAGUACACAAAAGUACUUACAUCUCAAAUGAAAUACACUUUUCACAUCGUGGAUACAAUGCCUUUAUGCCACUGAAAAAAUAUUCUUUCGAUCUCUCUUGAAAAUGGUUUUGUGUGACCGCUUUCAACUCACUGUUUUUCGGAAGUUCCCCAUUCAAAAAACAUUUUUUUUGAAGUCACUGAAAGCCACAUCCGUAUGGAUGGUCACUUUCUGUCAAUAACUUUUAAGGCAUCGCUUCUUGAUUUAUCUUCGAAGAAUUUUUUCGGCGCCUUUCCUUUUUCAUAAGAAAUUUAUUUUGCCGUUCCACGCAAUUAUCAGUAAAGAGGUGAAGAGUAAUCGCUGAAUACUUUAGGCCAUAAUAGUGCCAACCGCCUCUCGUAUCCAUGAUACAUUAACACCAAGCACACCAACAAUUGAAAAGUUCCUUCUACAGAAAAGUACAUUUUUUAUGUUCCAGUUUCUACAUGCAACUUAUAAUUUUUCUGGUAACCUUAAAGAACAAAAAUAUUAUAAAAACAUACACAGUGAGUGUCAUUGAAAAUCGUGUAGCUAGUUUUUUGUAAUGUUUUCAAAAACUCACCUUUUUCUUUAAUCUAGAAUAGUAAUUCAGUUCAUUUUUUAACAAAAAAAGUCUAAAUUGACGUCAUAAAAUUUUCAGCAAACUCACAAUAAAUCUAAAAAAAUGUGUCAAUAAGAGUUCAAAUAUAUUUCCCACAAAAAAUGUGUGGGUUUGCACGAUUUUCGAUCAUUUUGAAUAAUUUUUCGACAGAAACACAAGUCAAUCAAGAAUUUGAUCGAGAAUAUUUACAGAAAGCGCCACACAUUGAAUUUUUAAGAAAUUCCUUGGAUUCUUUGUAAGUAUUGUUUUUAACCAAUUUUUAUAAUAAAUUAAUAAAAAAGUAAACCUGGAAAACAUUGGAAGAAAUGGAUGUGCGACUUCUAGUGACACUCACUGUACAUAAAAAUUAUGCACUUUAGCAUACAUUGUAAGUUGUAAGAACGCGAAUUAUUUUUAGAAAUAUGUUUAUAUAUUUAAGAGAAACUAUUUUAACUUUCUAUAAAUAUUUGUUAAUGUGACGAGAAAAAAAUAUGAAAUAAAAAAUAUUUUCGUAAUAAA